AUGGAGAGCGAUAGCUUAGUUCCACCACUUGGAUUAGGAUCUUCAGACGAAACUGACGAAAUAAUGUAAAACUUAUAUAGAAAACAAUUAGAAGCCCAAAGAAGCACCUAUGAGAAAUCAGGAGAGUUUCUGGAAGCUGAAAAAGUCCAUCAAAGAAUCCUCCAUUUCAAAGCUGAACAAAAACAGAGGCGUGAAGACGAGCUUUCAGAAAGACAAGCCAAAGAAGCCGCUGAUUUAGAAACCACUUUUGAAGAAGAAUUCAAAGCAUUCAAUGAUGACUGGGAUAACCGUAUGAAUACUUAUAAAGAAAACUGCAAAGAAAUGGAGCAGCAGAUGAAGGGAAAACAAGAAAAUGAGUUCGAAACCACGAAGAAAAGCCUUGAAGAGUCAAUUCCAAUAAUUCCUAACUCCCCCCCUCCGUGAGUGAACAAAAACCAUUAGAAAAAUCCCUAUUUUUUGCCUAAAAACCCACCCUCCGUGAGUGAACAAAAAUUUUUUUAAUAGAAAAAAUUUUUUAAUUUGAUAUAUAAAUGAUAAUUAGUAUAGUAAAAUCUAGAGCUAAUUCUGUUUAAUUUUAAACGAAUUGCUUUUUAAAACAUAAAAUUUUGCAAAUUGAAUUAAUAUUUGCUUUCCAAUUUUUGCGAAUUAGAUUUUUUUAAAUUUAGAAAAAAAAUUUUUAUAAAAUUUUAUAUAUAAAAAUUUUUAUAAAAAAUUUAUAUAUAAAUUUUUAAAACAAAAAAAUUAACCCCCCUCCGUGAGUGAACAAAAUUUUUUGUUCACUCACGGAAGGGGGGGAGUAAGCACUCCUCAGAAUAUUUAAACCUUAAAAGAAUCCAAGAUACCCUUGUAAGAAACAAAGAAUACGUCGAAGCCCAUGCAAUCCAACAACAAAUGAUUGACCUUGAAGAAAACGAAAAAAAAGACUGGGGAAAGGACAGAGACACCCAAAUUUCUUUAGCCUUGUCAACUCUUAGCAAAAGGCACGAACACGAGCUAGAAGCAUUUAAAUUAAAAGCUGGCAAAGGCUUUGAUGAGCUUAAAAAACUGCGUGCAGCUGAAAUGGAAAGUUUACUAAAAAGAUACCAAAACCUGAAAGCUGAACAGAAAAACGCCCACAAGCUGCAAAAAAAUAGAUUUUAUGGGAAACAUACAACAGGCUCUGGGCUUUAUAAGACGGAAAACACUGCUUCUUCUAAAGUUCUGUUUACACCAAGAGCACAAUUGAAUAGGCCAUCAACUGCAGCUUUAAGACUGACUAUUGAAAGUCAUGACGAGAAAGACGCCCAGCAAAAUAAUUAA